AUGUCUUUCGGAAAGCUCUACAGUUACUCGGGUAACCCGCGUACCACCUCUCUCCUGGCCGUCGCGAAGGAGAAUGGUCUCGACAUCGAGUUCGUCGACACCGAGCCUGCCAAGGGUGUCUCUGAGGACUACCUGAAGCUCAACAAGCUCGGCAAGGUCCCUACAUUCGAGGGCGCUGACGGCUUUGUCCUCUCUGAGUGCAUCGCCAUCGCUGUCUACCUUGCCUCCCAGAACGAGAAGACCAGCCUUCUCGGCAAGACCAAGCAGGACUACGCCACCAUCUUGCGAUGGAUGUCCUUCGCCAACACUGAGGUCCUCUCUCCUCUCGGUGGCUGGUUCCGCCCCAUCCUCGGCCGCGACCCUUACAACAAGAAGAACGUCGACGAGUCACAGAAGGCCGCUCUCAAGGCUGUCCACGUCAUUGAGGAGCACCUUCUUACACACACCUACCUUGUUGGUGAGCGUCUGACUCUUGCCGACAUCUUCGCUGCCAGCAUCCUUGCCCGUGGCUUCCAGUACUUCUUCGACAAGCAGUGGCGCGACUCCAACCCCAACACUACCCGUUGGUACGAGACCGUCUACAACCAGUCCAGCUACUCUGCUGUUGCCCCCAAGCUUGAGUUCAUCUCCGAGGCGUUGAAGAACGUUGCACCAAAGAAGGAGGGUGGCGAGAAGAAGAAGGAGCAGCCCAAGGCCGCCCCUAAGCCCAAGCAAGAGGAGGCUGAGGAGGAGGAGGCCCCACCUGCCCCCAAGCCCAAGCACCCUCUCGAGGCCCUUCCCAGGGCUACAUUCGUUCUUGACGACUGGAAGCGCAAGUACUCUAACGAGGAGACUCGUGAGGUUGCCCUCCCCUGGUUCUGGGAGAACGCCAACUUCGAGGAGUACUCCAUCUACAAGGUUGACUACAAGUACAACGAUGAGUUGACCAUGACCUUCAUGACCGCCAACUUGAUUGGUGGUUUCUUCACCCGUCUCGAGGCCAGCCGCAAGUACCUCUUCGGCUGCUGCUCCGUAUACGGAGUAACCAACGACUCCGUUGUCACCGGUGCGUUCGUCGUCCGUGGCCAGGAGGCUCUCCCCGCCUUCGACGUCGCUCCCGAUGUCGAGAGCUACGAGUUCACCAAGCUCGACCCCACCAAGCCCGAGGACAAGGAGUUCGUCAACGACCAGUGGUCGUGGGACAAGCCCAUCGAGGUCAACGGUAAGACCUACGAGUGGGCCGACGGCAAGGGCUCUGGAGGUGGACCAAGCGAAGACAAUGUCACAGGCUUCCUCGUCCGAUCGACCGCAACGAACUGGGCUAAGAAUUCCGUCAUAGCUGUAGAUGCAGGCUCCCAUCUUGCAUCAAUAACCCGAAUACUUGGGAGGGAUUUUCCACUCGUCUCUGACCCAGAUCCACCAUUACCGACCUCGCGGGCUAACAACGGCAAUGGAAAUGUAAUUGACAUACAUACUGAGUCGCCGUCACCAGGCACCGCGCAUGUCUCACUCUCCGAUGAUGACUCUGGGGCUGAGACACCUGAUUCUGAGCACGAAUUACCAGUUACGAUCACCACACUGCAAAAAGGUGCAUUCGCGGGUUUGCCUUUUCCUCAUCAGAGCGCUAGAGCAAAUGCGCUUCAUGUUGUUAGGGAGCAUAUUUCGACAUACCUCAUCACCCAUCCACAUCUGGACCAUGUGUCAGGCUUCGUCAUCAAUACAGCAGCUUUCCAUAAUACAUCACGACCAAAGCGACUAGCAGCGCUGCCGUUCACUGUCAACGCCAUCAAGAACCACAUCUUUAAUAACAUCAUUUGGCCUAAUCUUACUGACGAAGAUGGAGGGGUGGGCCUUGUGACGUUCCAGCGGCUUGCAGAAGGCGGUAACAUUGCCCUGGGUGAAGGAAGUUCAAGAGGGUACAUCGAGGUGUGUGAUGGUCUUGGGGUCAAAGGCUUCAAAGUAAGUCAUGGUCACUGCAUGCAAGGACCGGGCCAUGUACACCGCGGAUCAAACGCCAACCUACUGGAGACAUCAAGUUUACAGCACUCAAAUACUUCUCAACCGUACGGACUAUCAGACGGCCAAGAAGGUCGCUCAAUGAGCUUCUCUGUAGCAACGCAAAGCGCACCCGGCACUCCCGGUUUUAACAGCAGCACAGAGGCCGGUCGACGAGCCAGCGGAGUUACAGUCUCCCAGCCCCAGCAACCGCCAUCCCAAGAUCACUGUGUGAUCGAUUCAACCGCCUACUUUAUCCGCGCAGAAUCCACUCUCACGACCCCGAAACGCGAAAUCCUUAUUUUCGGAGAUGUUGAACCAGAUUCUCUUUCUCUUUCGCCUCGCACACAUCAGAUCUGGAGCGAAGCAGCUCCCAAGAUCGCCGCCGGUAUACUGAAAGGCAUAUUUAUAGAGGUUUCUUAUACGAAUGCUCAAGCUGAUGCUGUCUUGUUCGGGCACCUAGCCCCACGCCACCUCCUCGAGGAACUUAGUAGCUUCGCCGAGAUGGUAAAAGACAGUAAGAAGAAAUACGAGCGCGAAAAAGAAGAGAUGCGUCUGCAGAAGAAGAAAAAGCGAAAGCGAACCAGUGGCGGUGCAAACAAUGCACUCCAACUCGACAGCCUCACCUCAGGCGAGAACGGUCGGAAAGCAAAAAUGGGUGGUUAUCUGGGCGGAGUGGGCAAAGGAAUUGAUUCCCCAAUCUCGACGACGAACUACCAUUCGCAGACUGAUGACGAGGUUAUGAGUGAUCUUCCGCCUUCGAGAGGAGAUACAGGGACGAAUACUCCAAUUCCCUUCCCUCCUCCACUUCAGCAUCAUCAGUCUUUACAUUGCAACCAAAUACAGGAACAGGGACAGGAACAUCAAAAUGGCACGGCCGAACCACAGCACUCCCACCCUUCAGCCCCAGCGGCACUCGGUCUCUCAUCAGUCUCAGCGGAUCAUAACCGCGCCAUACUAUCUGCUGCUUUUGACGCUCCACUCAAAGGUGUCAAAAUUGUCAUUAUCCAUGUCAAGGAUUCUUUCAUGGAUGGGCCGUUGGUUGGGGAACAGAUAUUGAGAGAGUUGAGAGAGGGGGAAGAGGUUUUGCAAGAGGCUGGAAAGGGUUUGGGAUGCCAAUUUGAGGUCAGUGCUGCGGGUGAGAGUUAUUGGUUCUAG